AUGGCCACUAACAUCAGCACCAUCAUGAUCAUGACGACCAUGACGACCACCACAACCACCAUCAUGACCACCAUAAUCAGUGGUGCGGCCCCGUCCCCUUCAGAUCCCCCCUCCCCGCUUGCCACAACCUCCUCCGGCAUCAAUAACCUGCCCAAAGGCUUUUGGGAUUUGAUGUGCUUGCCAUCUGUGUUGCUGUGGGGAUUGGUGUGGGGAUCGGGUCGGUUACUUCCUUUGGAAGCGGGCCAAGGCGGCGAAGAAGGAGAAGAAGCAGCUCUAAGUCAAAGAACACGAUUCCUCCAACCUUACACAAAGGACCAUGCUGGCAUUACGGCUGCCGCUAUGACGCCGCCACCACCUGCAAUAUCUCCGACCGCGUCACCUUCGAAGACACUGGCAAGAUCCGCCAAGCUCUCCAGCACUACCACUGCGGCCUGCGCUCCUGGUCAUGGGAUAUAG